AUGCACGGGCUGUUCGGGUCGCAGCGCAACAAUCGGACUCUGAGUAAGGCGCUAGCCAAAGAUCUCUCUCGCCCGGUCUAUACCAUCGACCUCCGCAACCACGGCGACUCCCCCCACUCGCCCGUGCACACGUACACGGCCAUGGCGCGGGACGUGGAACAUUUCCUGACCACCCACAAGAUCACCUCUCCCACGUUGGUCGGCCAUUCCAUGGGCGCCAAAGUCGCCAUGACGCUCGCGCUGCGCCGACCUCAAAAUUACUCGGCGCUGGUGCCCGUGGACAAUGCGCCCGUGGACGCGGCCUUGAAGGGCGACUUUGGCAAAUACCUCGAGGCGAUGAGGGAGAUUGACGAGACGAGACCUCGCCCCACGAGGCAGAGCGACGCGGACAAGAUCCUCAUGAAAUACGAGCCGGACCUGGCCAUCCGGCAGUUCCUGCUGACGAACCUGGUCAAGAAGAAGCCCGUCCACGGAUCGCAGCACGAGCCGAAAUCAUCAUCAUCAUCAUCACACGGCAAAGAGAAGCACGACACCACCACGGAGCUCCGGUUCCGCAUCCCGCUGCACACCCUCGCCAAAUCCCUGCCGGACAUGGCCGACUUCCCCUUCAAAGACCCCGACACGCACAAGUACAAGGGCCCGACCCUCGUCGCCCGGGGCACCAAGAGCCACUACGUGGCCGACGAGACCUUGCCCGUGAUCGGCCGGUUCUUCCCCAAAUUCGAGCUGCUGGACCUGGACUGCGGCCACUGGGUCAUGAGUGAGAAGUUUGACGAGUUUCGCAGCGCCCUCGUCGAGUGGGUCGAUCGCGUCGUCGACGGCGAGACGUAA